ACAGUUGUGGUUGUAGUUGUAAACAAACAGUACACUAAGACACCAAUUACCUGUAUUCUUUGGUUGUAAAACAAAAAUAUACAGUAAUACAGUAAAAUAUUACUUCUUUAUGGGAUCUCCGAAGAAGUGUUUUUCAAAGAAAAAAUUAAUGAAAUGAAAUAAAAUUUGAGAGAUUAUAUUAAAAUAAAAUUCUUUUUGACUUGAUCAAUUGCUGCACAGUAGUCAUUUAUUGCUGGACUUAUGGUUACAGAUUUUUUUUCAAAUUAUUGAGACUUAUCUCUGUAAGUAUACCUACUUAUGAACCAGCCUCCAUUCAAGUAUUAAUUGCAAAACAGUCAUUAUAUAAAUAAAAUAAUGGAUAAGUAUGAAGUUAUCAGAACUUUGGGAGAAGGUUCAUUUGGAAGGGUUUAUAAGGCAAAACAGUUAUCAGAUGACACGUUUGUUGCACUGAAAGUAAUAAGUAAGAGAGGGAGAUCUGCCAAAGAAUUGAAGGGAUUCCGAAGAGAAUGUGAAAUUCAAAGGCAUCUGCAUCAUCCAAAUGUUAUCAGGAUGUUGGAUUCAUUUGAGACUGAAAAUGAGAUUGUAGUGAUUACUGAGUUUGCUCAAAAGACCCUAUCUACUGAGUUUGCAAAAACAGGUUUUCUGACUGAGGAUCGAGUUCAAAAAAUUGUUUGGGAUCUUGUGUCCGCUUUGUAUUAUUUACAUUCUAACAGAAUUUUACAUAGGGAUCUGAAACCCCCAAAUAUACUAUUAGACACUAACAAUCGGGCGAAACUUUGUGAUUUUGGAUUUGCAAGGAACAUGAGUACAGGGACACAUGUUUUAACUUCAAUUAAAGGAACUCCCCUGUAUAUGGCACCAGAACUAAUUGAUGAGAAACCUUAUGACUAUAAUGCAGACUUGUGGUCAUUAGGUUGUAUAAUGUAUGAACUCUUGAUGGGAUCACCGCCAUUCUGCACCAAGUCCUUAUUGCAGUUGAUACGUCUUAUUCGAUAUGAGGAAAUAAAGUGGCCUACUUUUUCUUCUGAAAACUGUAUGUCCUUCCUGAAGGGCCUAUUACAGAAGAAUCCUUUAAAAAGACUGACUUGGGAUGAAAUUUUAAGUCACCCAUUUGUUAAAGGCCACAUAAUAAUAUCUAAAAAUUCUACUGAUGCCCCCCUUACCAGACCCUUAUCUCCGAAUACUCUCCAGGCUAAAGAACAGCAAAUGAAGGAUAGCAUCAAAAACAAACACAUCAAAUUACCAUGUUCAAAAACCCCUACCCAAGAACAAUGUUCGGGAACUACUCAGAAUAAGUCUAGUAAUUCUAAGGCCAAUAAAACAUCUCAAAACUCUUCUACGGGAGAAAACAUCAAGAAGUCAAAUAGUCAGGACCUGAAAAAUAAUAAUUCUAAACAAAACUCAAUUUUUCCCUCAAAAGAAGAGUCAAGUCAAAAGUCUUCUACUACCUUUGAUCAUAAGGAAAACAGUAUCCCUCAAAGAACACCAGGACCUGAACGCAUUAUUCAAAAUCAUGGCCUAAAUCACGUUUCCCCCAAGAAAAAUAUUGAAGCCAAUGCAAAUGUGAGCCAGGAUUCCAACAAAAUUUCUGCCAAAAAUACAUUCAGUUUCAUCGAAGACAACCAACCUAUUGAAACCGAGGAAUGGAUACUAUUUUUACAACGCUCCCUACAAGAAGUUAUCGCUGGGGAAAUGGUAUCACUAACGCAGAUUGGUCAGACAAAUGUUUUGGUUUCACCAUUGAGAAAUCCUAAUGCUAAUUCGAAAGUCCUCAGUUUUGUGGCUAGAUUAUUAUCUAUUCCUUUUGUGGUGAAGGGUGUUUCAGAAGACACUUUGGUGCAAAUUAAAAAGGUAUAUCUGGAAGUGAAAUUGGUACCAAACUUGGUAUAUGCCACAAAAUUAUUAGUUCGAGAGCACUAUGAAAACCAAGAUAGUACAUCUUCUGAUUCAUCAUCCCCAAUUGACUCUCCACUUCCAAAAUCAGAAACAUACAGGCGAUUAUCUGAGUUAUGCGACGAAGACGUUCAAGCUCUAGAAUACAUAUUUCUACUCGUAUCACAUCUGGUUCAUACCAGUGAUGAUUUCUUGUUACAGUUUUGUGAUGCCAUUGUGGUUUUGUCCAUUUAUCCAUUGCUGGGGAUACUUUUGUCUUUAACAUGCAAGCGUAAAGUAAGAGUAGUUGCAGAUUUAUUAGCAAUCCUUUCACAGUUACUGCGAAAACUUCCGGAAAAUUGUGACAUUGUAGAAAAAAUACUGAUCUUCACUCAAUCUAAAGAUACAGAAAGGAACAAAAUACAUUUUGUAGAUUUGCUCAGACAUUCCAGCCAUUUAUUGAGAGAAAGGACCUGUUUAUUUAUUUUGUUGAUGAGCAAGAAUUUACCAGAAAAUUCUGUGAAGUUGUUCUGGGAUACCAACGUCAGGGAAACAUUGGAAGCCUUGGUAUAUGAUUCCAUUGAAACAGUUCGAAAUGCUGCAGAACUGACAGUACUGGAGAUUAAAUCCAAAUCUUUCUAUAGUGAAGGAAAAUGAGUGCUGUUUAUGUUUGGAGGUAUUCUUCAGUGUGGGCUGCUCAUCUUGAUUUGUAUAUUUGUACAUAAAGUUUGAUUGUGAAA